AUGCAUAAAGAACCAGCACGUUUCCGCCUUCCACCGCUAUCUCUGCCUUCUUCGUGUGCCAAAGAUAUGCCCCUCUUGAUGGUUGGACCUGGCACAGGAGUGGCAGUGUUCUUGGCUUUCUGCCAACACCUUUUGAACGUGAAGCUGAACGAUCCUGAAAACUUCCCAGCCGUGCAGCGAUAUCUAUAUUUUGGUUGUAGAAAUAUGGAGAAGGAUGCGCUGUACAUGGAUGAGUUGAGGUCCUAUGUGCGCGAAGGAAUACUGACAGAGUUGAUCCUUUGCGAAAGUCAAGGAAACGGUAAAUAUCCAAAAUAUGUGCAAGACGCACUGAAGCAAAGGACAUCGCAAGUCUGCGAGUUUCUUACCAAUUCU